AUGAAGAUGCUCCAGGACAAUGCGGUGACUUAUUUGCACCCAAAUCGCUCCCCGUCCAGGCGCUUUGAGUUGCUGAAUGAGAAGAAGAAGCAGGAAAUACUUGUUACCAAGAACCAAAGCCUGGCUGUGAAGAGUAACGCUCGGGUGCUGCACUGUGACACCUCAUCCGAGCUUCUGUUGUUGCAGGCGUUCACCAGACGAGCGCUGUGCUUGGACUUGGUGGGUGCAGCCAGUUUUGAUGUGGUGGUGGUGGAGAAGUACCAAUCAAUGAUGAUGAGGAGUCUGCAAGAGACAUCCCCGCCAGGAUACCGAGAGGUGGAUGUGGUGCAGAUCCUUAAAGCAGACCAGCGUGCGUGGCUGCGCCUGAGCGAGAUGGUGAAAAGCGGGUUGAAGCGCGGGACCGAUGGUCAGUUACCUUUAGCUUUGGCUUUCGCCAGGUUGGAGACUGGUCCGCAAGUGUGCUUCCAGCUGCUACCCCUGCUGUCAGGUGCAGUUUCCAAGAGAGAGCGGCCGGCCGAAUUACCCAGUGCGUCCGGGCCUAGCAAGAAGCAGGGCAAAGUGAUUUUGGGAAAGGGCGAGACCAAAGGGAAGCACAAGCAACCCGAAAACAUGCCUGAGGCUUUGCGAGGCAAGCGGUAUGUGACAGGAAAGGGGAAGCGAAUUUGCUGGGACUACAAUCUCCCCCACGGUCACAGCCACGCCGAUGUCAAAGACAGAGGUGAGUGCCCAAAGGGUGUGCGCAUCUGCAUGGAAUGGGACUGCAGGAGGAACCAUCCUUUGCAUAAGCAUGAGUGA